UCUUUCCACGCCCGCUUCAUGUGACCUCGUCGCCUAUUGCUCCUCGCCUUGCACUCCGCACCCCGCCAUUCCCCGCCAUGCGCCGCCAUGCCCCACUGUGGCACGGGGGCAGGGAGGGGCUGCAGCAGCUGCAGCAGAGCAUACCGUACGCGGCGGGCAACGAGGAGACCGCCUCCAUGCUCGAAAACGUCGUCUCCUACAUCCGCCAGCUGCAGGACGACUGCAGUGGGCUCGAGCACAUGCUCGUCUCCACCUCCCCCUCCUCCUCCACCCCAGCCGCUGCUGCUGCCGCUGCUGCCGCUGCUGCGUCCCUUCCAGUAGCCACCAGCAACGUCAGUGCGCUGCUGCCACCGUCCCAUUUCCCGCCCUUCAUGGUACCGCGGCAGUCACCACCACCGCCACCACCCUGACAGGCCGCUGCACGUCCACCAGAGUUAGCACUCAGCAAGUCGCCUCGUCCUUGCCGCCUGCAGGCUUGUCGUGUGGGUGCAUGUGCAACGGGCAUGGGCGUGCAUGAACAAGGCAUGCCACCAUGCCACCAUGUCUUGUCGCUUUCUGCACUCUUGUCUUGAGCCAUCGUGCUUCUCGGUAGCAAUGCCAGUGUGU